AGGCCCCUGGGACGGGACGCCUCUGUCCUAGCCGUGAGUGCCCCGCCUGCCCCUAGCGGUCCCUGGCGUCCCGGUUCCUGUCGCGCUCACCUGCGCCGGUAGCGAAGAAAUCGCCCCGGGACAUGGACUCAGUGGUCUUUGAGGAUGUGGCUGUGGACUUCACCCCGGAGGAGUGGGCUUUGCUGGAUUCUGCUCAGAGGGACCUCUACAGAGAUGUGAUGCUGGAGACCUUCCGGAACCUGGCCUCAGUAGAUGAUGAAACUCAAUUUAAGGCCAGUGGGUCAGUUUCUCAGCAGGAUAUUUAUGGAGAGAAAAUACCCAAGGAAUCUAAAAUAGCCACGUUCACCAGAAAUGUUUCCUGGGCCUCUGUUUUAGGAAAAAUUUGGGACAGUCUUAGCAUCGAAGAUCAAACCACAAACCAGGGGAGAAAUCUCAGUAGAAAUCAUGUGUUGGAGAGACUCUGUGAAAGUAAUGAUCAAUGUGGAGAAGCCCUCAGCCAGAUUCCACAUCUUAAUCUGUACAAGAAAAUUCCACCUGGAGUAAAACAGUAUGAAUACAACACGUACGGAAAAGUCUUCAUGCUUCGCCGCACAUCCCUCAAGAGUCCCAUCACAGUUCACACUGGACACAAACCGUAUCAGUGCCAGGAAUGUGGGCAGGCCUACAGUUGUCAUUCACACCUAAGAAUGCAUGUGAGAACCCACAAUGGAGAGAGACCCUAUGUGUGUAAAUUAUGUGGGAAAACCUUUCCUCGUACUUCCUCCCUCAAUCGGCAUGUAAGGAUUCACACUGCUGAGAAAACCUACGAAUGUAAGCAAUGUGGGAAAGCCUUUAUUGACUUCUCAAGUCUUACUAGUCAUCUCAGAAGUCACACCGGAGAGAAGCCAUAUAAGUGUAAGGAAUGUGGGAAAGCUUUCAGUUAUUCCUCAACGUUUCGAAGACACACAAUAACACACACUGGUGAGAAGCCAUAUAAAUGUAAGGAAUGUGCGGAAGCCUUUAGUUAUUCCUCAACUUUUCGAAGACAUAUGAUUUCACACACUGGAGAGAAGCCACAUAAAUGUAAAGAAUGUGGGGAGGCCUUCAGUUAUUCUUCGGCUUUUCGAAGACACAUGAUAACACACACUGGAGAGAAACCCUACGAAUGCAAACAAUGUGGGAAAACCUUCAUUUAUCUCCAGUCCUUUCGAAGACAUGAAAGGAUUCACACUGGAGAGAAACCCUACGAAUGCAAACAGUGUGGGAAGACCUUCAUUUAUCCCCAGUCCUUUCGAAGACAUGAAAGGACUCAUGGUGGAGAGAAACCCUAUGAAUGCAACCAGUGCGGGAAAGCAUUCAGUCACCCGUCCUCCUUUCGAGGACACAUGAGGGUGCACACUGGAGAGAAACCCUAUGAGUGCAAGCAGUGUGGGAAAACUUUCAAUUGGCCCAUAUCUUUACGAAAACAUAUGAGAACACAUACUAGAGAGAAACCCUAUGAAUGUAAGCAGUGUGGGAAAGCCUUCAGCUUGUCUGCUUGCUUUCGAGAACAUGUGAGAAUGCACCCUGAAGACAAAUCCUAUGAAUGCAAGCUAUGUGGGAAAGCUUUCUAUUGCCACAUAUCCUUACAAAAACAUAUGAGAAGGCAUACCGCAGAGAAACUCUAUGAAUGCAAGCAGUGUGGGAAAGCUUUCAGUUGGCCUGAACUUUUGCAACAACAUGUGAGAACGCACACUGUAGAGAAGCCCUAUGAAUGUAAGGAAUGUGGGAAGGUCUUCAAAUGGCCAUCAUCUUUACCAAUACAUAUGAGACUGCACACUGGAGAGAAACCUUAUCAGUGUAAGCAUUGUGGGAAAGCAUUCAAUUGUUCCUCAUCCUUAAGACGACAUGUGAGAAUACACACUACAGAAAAACAGUAUAAGUGUAAUGUAGGACAUCCUCCUGCAAAUGAAUUCAUGUGCAGUGUUUCAGAAAAGUCACACCAGGAGAGAGAGCUGAUCAAAGUUGUAAAUAUGGUGUUGCCUUUAUGAGUUCCUUAUCCUGAAAGUGGACACUCAAGGAGUGUGUCUGUAGUUCAUUUGCAAAUAAACAUUUAGUUGAAAAAUAAUUCUCCAAAUACUCUCAGCUAUCCUACAUGAAUUUGAACAGGUAGUUUCUUACAAUUCAGUAAAUAAAACUUUCAUCUUA